AUGAAGUGCAUGACAAAGUCAAUCUUUUGCUUUUGCAUACUGUUUGGAUUGACCGCUCAGGGAAGAUUUCUCGAAUUAACUCCAAGGCACGAUAAAUGGGAGAAGAAUUCUGUACUUGCCUGUGCAACAUAUCUCACACAAUUUGAAUGGGAUCAUUCCAAAGGGCCUCGGUACUACUCAACAUUGUGUUCAUAUGAACCGGCAUUUGGAUCAUGGACAAUCUGCAUAAAUCAUAUGAUUAACGAAAAUAAUCGAUUGAAUCCUCAACUCUUAUUUAAUAAAAGUAUAGAAACUGUACGAGAGUGCUGUUCCUGUGCUGGAUCCCAAACAGGAAUUUCAAUGGAAUAUUACUACAAUUCACUUUAUAAUGCAUCUCUUCAUACCAAAAUCGAUGAUGGGAAUAUUAAAGAUGCAUUUGUCACAUAUCCGAUAACUGUAAAUGAAACAAUGAGAAGGAAACUUGGCAAUGCAUAUCAUUUCCAUGCUUAUAAUCUGGAUAUUAGUAAUUAUUAUGGUGUGUUAUUAUCAGUCUUCUUCGUAUGUGUAUUUAUAAUCUCAACAUUCUUUAACUAUGUGGACCAUACAGGAUUGAAUACCAUCGUAUUCAAGUUUAAAGUAUUGAAUUAUAUUAGAGGAUAUCUGACAUUGCCAACGUUAUUAACUCAUCAUGCGGAGUACAGCAGUUACAAAAAUAUAAUCAUAGGUUUAUUUCCUACAAGACUGGAAUCAAUUAUUCUCUUUUCAUACUUACUAUUGCACAUGUUACUAUUAUGCAUUGAUUACCAUUAUGACCCAUACAACCUUUUAUUCAAAUCAAAGAGCUUACAAUUGACAAGAUUAUUAGCAGAUAGGGCCGGAAUUUUGGCGUUUGCACAAUUCCCAUUAAUAAUCUUAUUCAGCACAAGAAAUAACGUUUUUGAAUUUUUUACAGGCUUUCGAUACUCAACUUUUAUAAUGUUUCAUAAGUGGAUUGGCAGAAUUAUGGUGCUGGAUUCAAUGCUUCAUGGUGUAUGUUAUUCAAUUUAUGCAUUGAGAUCAAAAAUUUGGGAAACCUCUGCUAAACAGUUAUAUUGGCAGUUUGGCGUUUUUUCCCUCUGGGUAGCGUUAAUCAUGCUGAUACUUUCACUAGGUAUAGUCAGACGUCAUUAUUACGAAACUUUCCUUUACACUCAUAUUGUGUUGGCUAUCCUCUUUUUUUAUUCAUGUUGGAAACACGUUGCAAAAUUAGGAUGGAAAGAAUGGAUUGUAGCAUCAUUAGUAAUCUGGACCAUGGAAAGAAUUACACGAGUUAUAAGAAUGAUUAAUUUUGGUUUCCCUAGCGCCAAAUUACAGUUAUUUGGGGAAGAUCUUAUCAAAGUUACCAUUCCAAAGGGAAAUUGGAAGAUUCAGCCAGGACAAUAUGCAUAUGCAUAUUUUAUGCACCCGCUUAUAUUUUGGCAGUCACAUCCAUACACUGUGAUGGAAGCAAAAGGUUCAUUAGAAUUGAUAGUAAGAGCAAAGAAGGGUGCCAGUAAAACCAUCUGGAAGAGCUGUGUUAAAAAUGGUGACUCUAUGAAAAUGAGAAUUUCAUUGGAAGGGCCAUAUGGAUUGGAGAGGGGUCUCCAUACUUUCCAUUCGGUGUUGUUUUUGGCAGGAGGAACAGGUUUGCCAGGCCCAUUAUUUCACGCAAUUGAAUUAGGUACACUUUUGACAAAUGGCUCUAAGAAGACAAUUCAUCUAAUGAUCGUCGUUAGAGGUCAGGAUAUUUUACAGGCAUUCAGGCAUGAAUUGAACAAAUUGAAAGAGUUAAAGGUUGAAGUCACAAUUUAUAAUACUGAAAGCGAACCUACAUCUGCAGAACAUGCCACUGAUUUAACUCUUCAAAGAGAAUCAGCUGUGGAUUCGAAUACGCCAUUACUGUCAACGAGGAACACUUUAUCUGAGUUGCAAAAUUUUGUGCAAGUAUUUAAUCGUCGACCCAAAAUCGAGAAGAUAAUCAGAACGGAAUGCAGAGCUUCAAAGUCACUUGCAAUUGUUACCUGUGGACCGCCCAAAUUUGUAGAUAAUAUAAGAAAUUUAACUGCAAAACAAGUCAUAAGUAACCCAGAUCAUGAUAUCGAAUAUUUCGAGGAGUUUCAAUGCUGGUAG